AUGCCUCCGGUCAAAGUGAAUGUUAAAUGGAAAGGAAAAAAUCAUGAGGUGGAACUUGAUACUGAAGCACCAGUCAGUGAUUUCAAGGCUCAACUCUUUUCCAUAACCGAGGUUGAACCUAGUAGACAAAAGAUCAUGAUUAAGGGUGGAAUUUUGAAGGAUGACACCGAUCUUAAAACACUCAAUAUUAAAGAGGGUGCUUCAAUUAUGAUGAUGGGAACGCCUGGAGAGUUACCAAAAGAACCUGCUAAAAAAACACUAUUUAUAGAAGAUAUGACAGAUAGGCAAUUGGCAGAAACUUUGAAAUUACCAUCAGGUCUGAAAAACUUGGGUAAUACUUGCUAUAUGAAUGCCACUUUACAAUGUCUUCGUACCAUACCUGAAUUACAAGAAUCUCUGAACAGGUUUCCUAACAGUGUUACGAGUCCAGACUUGCAGAUAACUCUUACAACAUCUUUACGUGAUCUUUAUAAACAGUUGAAUCGAACCACAGAAAGCUAUGUGCCGUUUACUUUCUUGCAGGCGCUUAGAAGUGCUUUUCCCCAAUUUGACCAACGUAACGCUAACGGUUACAUGCAACAAGACGCUGAAGAAUGUUGGACUCAAAUUGUUACUAGUUUGAAUAAUGCAAAUAUUCCAUCCUUAGAUGAGAAUAUAGAAAAAGAUUCACCUAGUUUGGGUCACAUUGCCAACUAUACUAAAAUUUCGCGUAUUAGUCGUCUACCUUCAUACCUUACAGUCGGAUUUGUGCGAUUCUGGUGGAAGAAUAAUCGUCAAAUUAGAACCAAGAUUACACGCAGAGUCCAAUUUCCUUUUGAUUAUGACGCUUAUGAUUUAUGUACAGAUGAAUUAAAACAAAAAAUUGGGCCUUUGAGAGCUCACAUCCUUGAACGCGAAAAAGAAAAAGAUAGUGCUGAGCGUAAAGCAAAACUCUCAGUGAAUUCCAACGAAAAGGAAACGGCCGAGUCUAAAAAUGACAGUAAUGUUAGUGAAGUUGAUGAAGAAGUCAAAAAAUUAAUUGAUCCAGAUUUAGAAAAAGAUAUUGGAGCUAAUGUGUCAGGAUUAUAUGAGCUUUGUGCUGUGCUUACUCAUAUUGGACGGUCAGCAGAUUCUGGACAUUACAUUGGUUGGGCGCGUAAACAUGAUUCACCUGAGGAGUGGGUAAAAUACGAUGAUGACAAAGUCUCAAUCGUGCCACAAUCAGAGAUUCAAAAGCUUGACGGUGGUGGUGGUAGUGC